AUGCAGCGAAUUAACCCCGAAGCCCUCAACAAGCACAUCGCGGAGAUCAUCGAGCGCGCCACCAACGAGAAGCCUCGCAAGUUUCUGGAAACGGUGGAGCUGCAGGUCGGACUCAAGGGCUACGACCCGAAGAAGGAUCCACGCUUCAACCUUCCCCUCGUCCUUCCCCACAUAGCCAAGCAGAACCUGAAGCUCUGCGUCAUUGCCGAUGCUCGCGAUGCCGAUCGUGCCAAGAAGCUUGGCCUGAACUACGUAGAGAUAGAGCAUCUCCAGCAGUUCAACAAGGACGCCAAGCAGAUCAAGAAGUUCGCUAAGUCCUACGACGUCUUCCUUGCGUCGAAGUCUCUUAUCCGUCAGAUCACGGUUUACGCCGGCCCAGGGUUCACGAAGGCAGGCCGCACCCCUCUGCCCCUUGCUCCCGAUGAGGACCUGGAGCUGAAGGUUCUUGAGUGCAAGUCCACCAUCAAGGUCCAGUUCAAGAAAGCUGUCGGACUAAACUGGCCCAUCGGCAACGUCAAAAUGCCGGCGUCCGAGAUAGCUCAGAAUAUCAUGACGACCCUCAACUUCCUCGCCACGCAACUCAAGAAGGGGUGGCAGAACAUCAAGACCGUGUACAUCAAGUCCACGAUGGGCCCGUCUCACCGCAUCUUCUAA